UUCAUUAGCCAAAGUUUUCUAUGACUGAAGUCGGGGGUGUCAUCAUGAGGAAUACGAGUACAUCUGUCAAACUGCCUAAAUCUGCAUUAGAUCAACGACCAGAUUAUGCUUAAAUCGUGAAGUCACACCUGAAAUGAAUAAUAGCGGGUAUAGUGUUCCGGUGACAAACUUUGCUUCUCAUCGUCACGUGCGCUAGUCAAAGCUAUUCUGAAAGGAAAAGUUUCUCAGUCAUUGUAACCGUUGUAGUAGGCACUUGGCAAGACAAAAGCAAGCUGUUUAACCCUGGGUAAAGUGUUAUCAUUCUUGCUUUUUUUUUUUAGUGAAGUGAGUGUUGACAAAAAUUAUGGGAAAAGUUUGAGACAGUUCUAUUAUUCAGUUCUAUUCUAGUGAUCGAAAGGGAUUUCUUUAUAUUCUACUCUAAUGGUGGCUCAACAUCACUGCCAAACUCAAUCGAUGUCGGCGAUUGUGGUUUUCGUAAUCGGGGCUGUAAUAGGAACAGCUCUGGCUGUUGCAGAGCGGACGACCAUAAGGAAGUACGGAACAGUCUCGGAUCUAGACAAAUUGGACAACACCUUAAAAAGCUACGAUCGCCGGGCUUUGCCUUCAGGAUAUCACGACGGUUCCGGCGGACCCACGAAUGUUUCGUGUGAAGUCUACAUCAGAAGCUUUGGCUCCAUCAAUCCUGCCACUAUGGACUAUGAGGUGGACCUGUAUCUUCGACAACGGUGGUACGAUGGCCGACUCGCAAAAGUGAACAUCUCAGCCCCUCUUGACCUCAACGACCCGAAGCUCGUGCAAAAAAUAUGGAAGCCAGAAGUGUUCUUCGCGAAUGCAAAACAUGCUGAAUUCCAGUUUGUAACGGUACCCAAUGUAUUGGUUCGGCUGACUCCUCAUGGAAUGAUACUUUACAUGCUAAGGUUAAAGUUGACGUUUUCCUGUAUGAUGGACCUCUACCGGUAUCCCCUUGAUGUGCAAACCUGCACUAUCGAGCUCGCGUCGUUCUCGAAGACGACCGACGAGUUGGUCCUGCACUGGUCGGAGCGGAACCCCAUCAUCCUGUUUGAGAACCUAAAACUGCCCCAAUUUGAAAUUCAAAAUGUCAGCACCUCGCUUUGCAACGAGACGUUCUAUCUCGGCGAAUAUAGUUGUCUAAAGGCGGAAUUUCACCUGCAGCGUUCAAUGGGCUACCAUCUAGUCCAGUCUUACCUGCCCACUGUGUUGAUUGUCGUCAUCUCUUGGGUGUCCUUCUGGUUAGAUGUAGAAGCUAUUCCGGCACGCAUCACGCUCGGAGUAACAACUCUACUGACGAUCUCGUCAAAGGGUGUCGGCAUCCAAUCGAAUCUACCGCCCGUUUCGUAUGUAAAAGCCAUCGAUGUUUGGAUGGGCGUAUGUACCAUGUUCGUGUUUACGGCAUUACUCGAAUUUACCUUUGUCAACUAUCUCUGGCGCAAAAAACCCCACGCCGUAUCAGAUCUGGUCUGUGUAGCGCAACAACAGCAACAACAACAACAGCAGCAACAGCAACAAAAUCGUCCAACAGAUAUCAAGACGAUAACGACAAACAAUGGCGGGACCCAAACGGCAAAUGUGGAGAACGUGGAACCGGCAGGUAUUUUGGCUGACAGUAGAGCACGUUUUAACAGCCAUCUGCAGGCUUCAUCGUUGCAGAUGUCGCACGGCUCUGCAGCGACUCAGCUGUUCGCGUUCUACCUCAACUGCAAUCAGGUGUGCGCGAAAAGAAUCGACCGAUUAUCGCGCAUUGGCUUCCCCAGUGCAUUUCUAGUUUUUUGCAUGAUAUAUUGGCCAUAUUACCUACAUGUGGCUAAUUAAUGAGUGGCCUGCCUUUCUGCUGUUAGAUAUACCUAUAGAGAACUCGCAAGCUUAUAAGUGAACGCACCCUGAUACGCUACAGAUAGCUAACCUUUUCCGGCAUCUCCAGAUCUGGGUUCGAUACGAACUUUAAUCGAAAUAUUUAUAUUUGAUCCAGCGAAUAGAAAUAAUAUCCAUCUAAUCUGUCGCUUCUUGGUUCAGCCUUAGUGCCGAUAGCACACUUGAGAUGCGUAAAUUUCUAGCCACUUGCUAUCUGACGAUAGUAGAACCGAAAAUGUCAGGGAGAAAUAUAAAAUGAAAAAUAUCGAAUCAGGUACCGAACGAUACCUAAUGCCUGGAGAUAUUUUCUUUGUUUUUUUUUUUCUAAAGAGUUUCUUCAACUUGAUCGUGAGUGAGCGUCUGCGUAAAUUCUAGCCAAAUAUGAUUGAAACUAUAGUAAUUUACAACCAUACAAACUAUACUGCUUUGCCAACCGAUCAAAAAAUUAAAAAAAAAAAAAAACAGUCUUUACGAGUCAGCUUUUCGUCAAAACCAAUAGUCCUCAAUUAAGAAAAAUAAUGAAAAUCAUAAGUGUAGGCAGCGUCAACUGAAGUCUUCGUAGCUUUACAUACAUAUAUGGCUGUACAUGUAUGGUCUUCUGUUAUUUCUUAUGGGAGACGUUCAGGAUUGUCGAGUUUUCGCUUGGUGUAGAUCCAUACUAUAUAUACAUAUAUAGUCGCAUAGCAUAGAGUGGUCUUAAACAGUUAUUAUAACAAACCAUAGGUAUAUACACAUAACGCAAAAUAUAUAAAAACAAGGAUAUACAUACCGGAAAAUUCAUAUGGCAGUUCACUCUGGAGCCGUGAUUUUAGGACAGUCGAUUGGAUUUGCAGUUUUCGUUAAUUGCAGUACAUUUGGGACGCCCUUAAUUUCUAGGACGAUGUGUAUGUAUAGCACGGUAUAGUUGGCUUCAUACCGACAAGAUUUAUCGCUAAAAAAAAUAGUAAGCCAAACUGAAAGGGAGUUAACUGCUAAAUAAACAUAGCUUUUAAAGUUAACGUCAUUGUGACAUGCAAUCGCCAAAUGUAUAUAAACAAAAACACGACAAAGUCUCCUGAGUUCACUCUGUACAAAAAAGCUAUGAGUGUCCCUGUCUUCGUUGUACAUAACGUCCUUGUAUGACACAUAUGCAUUCGCUUCUAGGUAAUAACUAGCCGGCUAGCGCUCCCAUUGAUAAUAGACGUGUGGAAGCAAUUCCGCUUCGUGUAGACCUAUAUUCCAAUUUUUGUUGUAAACUAUUUAUAUUUUUCUACCAUGUUGUAAUAAUAAUCUAAUGAGUUACUAUCCUGCUCACGUAACUUCGACGCUUACUAUUAUACGUACGUUUACCUGUUUUCAAUAUUGUAUAUAGUGGUAAGUUUGGGCCUAUUAAUUGUGGAUGAGCAAAGUUCGCUAUCGAACUGCUUCUUACAAAGAAAAAGCGCUAGUUUGAAUAGUUUAGAGUUGCUCUACGGAUGAAUAAAACACACCCAUUUGACCAAUCAAUGGACGUCUCACAAUAUAAGUGGUCGAUUCCAACGAGGCUGAAUAUGGUGAGUCGUACCAUAUAACUUUACUAACUUAUGAUAUGUUACUUACCGUGGACAAACUUGGCGUCAUUGGGUGGUUGGGCUUCACGACGAAAUGUAGCACUCAGUAAUGAAGUAAACUUAUUAUCGCAGGAAUACCGUACCGCUAGGUAAGCAGACGAACAGGUGAGAGUUAUUGUGGAGCUGUGUCUCGUGUCAACACUUUCUGCCAAAAAGCGCUGCUAUUAACCGACAUUAGAAAAAGCCGCUUCUGGCGAUAGGGUUCGGGCAAAUACGUAUGAAAGAGAUAUGUUUUCUGUUGAUCAUCUGCAAUAUCGUCUCGAUCAUAGCUUAGUUAAAAAAACGUGUCCUAGUAAGGAUCUUCCUAUUGAGACCAUUGGUUCAAGCUACAUUACAAUAUUAAUAUGUUGAACCGAAAGAAAAUUUCUUUCACAGAAGUGCGAUACCGUCCAUGUGCGCAAGUCUCGUCUCGUCUUUUCUAUAUAAACGACAGCAGAACAGAAGCACUUUUGUUUCGUCUUGUCAACGAGCUCUUUUCAAAUAGUCAGUAAAUGUCUCUCCUUUUUCUACUACGGUGUGAACUUGACUGAAAUUUAGGUGCAUUGCUAAAGGUCGUUUUGAAACUUUAGAGAAAAAGUUUAAUUUACUAUUUUCUAUAUAUAUUUUUCUAUCUAAUAUAUCUACAUAUUUUCUAAAGGUCACAUACCGUAAUAUUUCCCCGAAAUGUUUUAUACUUUAUUGCUUCUAGUUCGCAAUUAUCUAGGCAUAGCUACUACAUUUGCGUAACAGCGUCGCCGCUUUAUCUUCUUCACAGCCAUCUUUUUUCAACAAUGUACGGAUAUCCUUUGCGAGACCAAAGUUCGUAUCACACUAAUGAUGAUAAUAAUAGUAAUCUAGGUGUCGUAAAAAAAUGUCAACGAUUCCUGAGGGUUUAAACCUUGGCCGGUUUUUGAUGUUCCAAUGCAACACCGAACCAACCGCAAAGAUCACAAUCGAUUCAUGGUAUCGUCAGAGAGCUGACAUAUUACCAUCCUCACGCUAACGUAGGUGCAUAACCGUGCUGCGUGGGCCUUGUACGUAUAAUGUUUAACUAAAAGCAUGAUAAAGACCGAGGAACGGUCAGCACGAACCGCCACACCGCGUCAACGACUACUUUUGUCGCCUACAAGAGAUAUUUCGUCACCUUCAACGACCAGAGGAUAUUAAACAAGGAAAAAAUGCAUACGUAUACAUAGGAAAUACAAAUAGGCGAAACACGUAGAAGCCGGUUUAGCAAUGCGUUUGCGUGUAAUUUUGCCGGAAAUGUUUUUCGCAGGUAAACGCUAUCGUUGCGUUUAACGUCAUACACACACAUAUAUGUACCAUAAGUACGCAUAACUAGUUUAUGUACUUAGGACUGUUGGCGCCACAGGUGAACGAUAAUAAGAAAUAUCUUCAUUUGGAUUAUCAUUAUUUCUGUUCAUAGAACAUAUAUAUUUCUUGGAAUGAAUAUGCUGUGGCAGGCAGUGCGUCAAAAUUACCUAUGUUUUACAGUAUAGCUACACAUUAGCUUAAAUCAAGGUUGUUCGUACAUAUGUGUGUAGGUAGAUACACACGCAUGACAAAUAAGAAACAUUCCAUCAGGUAUAUAGAUUUAUUACUAUCAAUCAAUAUUGGAUUUCCUUUAUUACGAUUAAAGUUAUUAGAAAAAUAUUUAAAUAGCCUUUAAAAUCGCGCUUCGGGAUAAAGCCAU